AUGAUAAUGGCGACUGUACUGAUGAACCGGGUGUCUAUCAUUUUUUUGAUCUGUAUUUCCAACCUGGUUUCCGAACAACUUCGCUACUCGAUUCCCGAGGAAAUGGAACGUGGAGCCUUUGUUGGCAACGUCGCUGAAGAUCUAGGAUUAAAGGUUUGGGAAUUACCGACUCGCAAAAUUCUGCUGCUUUCUGAUUACUCGAAGCAAUACAUGGAGGUAAAUGUAGAAAAUGGCUUCUUGUUUGUUAAUGAAAGAAUCGACAGAGAACAGCUUUGCAGCAAAUCCGCUGCAUGUUCUCUAUCUUUCCAAAUCACACUCGAUGAUCCUUUGGAAAUAUAUCCCGUUGAAGUGGAGAUACUAGAUGUAAAUGACAAUUCGCCCGUCUUUUCGAAGAAGGAAUUCUAUUUGCAAAUCAAUGAGUUAAAUGCGCCGGGCACUCGCUUCCCUCUCGAGAGCGCGCGUGAUCUGGAUGUGGGUACCAACACAAUCAACACAUAUCAGAUCAGUCCGAACAAGCACUUCGGUGUUAAAGUGCAGGCAAGAAGAGGUGGAAGUAAAAACGCCGAGCUGGUAUUAAAGACGCAUUUGGACCGUGAGCAGCAGGCAAUGUUCACUCUUGUAUUGACGGCUAUCGACGGUGGGAUUCCGCACAGGUCUGGCACAGCGCGGAUCAUUAUUAAUAUCAUGGACGGAAAUGAUAACCCGCCUUUAUUCGAUCAUGAAACCUACAGGGCGUCUGCGCUAGAAAACAUGGCGAAUGGCUCUUUGGUCUUAAAAGUUCAUGCUGUUGAUGUGGACGAAGGGACAAACGCUGAGGUAACAUAUUCUUUCACAAAUCAUGUUUCCCAGAAUAUUCGAGAGUUGUUCAAAUUGGACCCUGUGACUGGAGAGAUCAGAGUUCGAGGAGUACUGGAUUUUGAAGAAACAAAUGUUUAUGAAUUUGACGUCCAAGCAAUGAACUCAGCUCCACCUGAAUUGUCAGCUCUUGCAAAUGUUGUCAUCGAUGUAGUUGACACGAACGACAAUAGCCCUGAGUUGCAAAUAACAAUGCUAUCCAGUGCUGUACGGGAAGAUGCUUCUUCGGGACUUGGUAUAGCUCUCAUCAGCGUAACGGAUCGCGAUUCUGGCGAAUAUGGUGAAGUUCAGUGUCAGAUUCCAGAGAGCAUACCGUUCAAGAUCGAAAAAUCUUUGAAGGACACCUACAAGUUGGUAACCAAUGGCAUUCUGGAUCAUGAAAUAUCUCCACUAUACAACAUCUCCGUUUCAGCCUGGGACGGUGGAUUUCCUCCUCUUUCAGUAAGUAAAUUCAUUGUGGUUUCAGUAAUUGAUGUAAAUGAUAAUGCACCAAAAUUUACACAAUUGUCAUAUAACGUGUAUCUGACGGAGAACAAUACACCCGGUGCUUCUAUAUUUGCUGUGAGUGCAACGGAUGCUGAUUUGAAUCAGAAUGCAGAAGUCUCUUAUUCUAUUAUCGAUAACCAACAGCAAGAAGAAAUGCUUUCUUCUGCCUACAUCACGAUUAACUCUAAAAAUGGGAACAUUUACGCGCUGCACUCCUUCGACUACGAGCAACAGAAACAUUUCCGGGUGAAAGUCCGAGCUCAGGAUGCUGGAUCGCCUCCACUGAGCAGCACUGUCCUUGUAAAUGUUAUUAUAUUGGAUCAAAAUGACAAUGCACCCAUUAUUGUUUCACCUUUAACAUGGAACAACGCAGCGACAGUGGAAGUUAUACCCCAUUCAACAUAUCCAGGAUAUCUAGUCAUCAAGGUAAUUGCCACUGAUGAAGACUCUGGUCAGAACGCAAGGCUUUCCUACGAAUUACUGGAAUCUACGGAUGCUGGUCUCUUUACUGUUGGACUUCUCUCCGGAGAAAUCAGAGCAACGCGAACAUUUAAUGAACAAGAUAUCAUUGCCCUACGCGUGGUCGUCUGUGUGAAGGACAACGGACAGCCAAGCCUUUCCAGCACCGCCACAAUAUCCUUUACCAUAACGUCCAAUGUUACUGAGAAAUCAUUUGAACACCGAGAUGAACCCAGACGUUCGGAUCAUUUUUCAGGUUUAAAUAGUUAUUUAAUCAUCAUUUUUGGAUCCACUUCCUUUUUGUUUCUCACAAUAAUAUUAUUUUUGUUAACCCUGAAGUGCAGACAAGAUAGAAAUACUGCUGCAGACUAUAGCUCUGCAGUUUGCUGUUGUAAUGGGAGGAAUGCGAAUGAUGGCUUUAAUCGUACACCAACAGGAAGGGAUCCUUUGAAUUAUAGCGGGACCGUUCAGACCGGAAGUUAUCAUUACAGUGUGUGCUUGUCACCAGAAUCAUCGAAGAGUGACUUUCUGUUUUUAAAACCCUGUAAUCCUACGUUGCCUUUCAACGAUCUGAGUGUUCAUGACAGCAACGCAAGAAACUAAAUUGGACAGCAAACUAUUCUUUGAA